CACUUCAAUCAUGGCCAUGCAGAGAAAAGGCAGACACGGGCUCCCUUGUGUUCCUUAUGAUUUCACAUGGCUGGAAUUAAUGGUUUUAAUUACAGGCCUAAACUGUGUGCAUGAAAUCACAUGAUGUCUGGAGUUAAAUGAGGGCGAUCAAGCCUCCAUGGGAAACUGAGUGAAGAGGUUUUUUUUAUCAGAAGAACGAGAUACUGAGGAAGGGAAAAAAAAUCGGGCUGUGUGACUGACACCUGCCCUCCAGUACUGGUGAAGGACGGGUAAUGGAGGAGUAAAGACAGUGUGUACAAGGGGAGAUGUGCAGAAAGAAGAAUGAAGACAACCAGAAAACAAGCAUACCCUUUUAUUAACUGCCACUUAAAUUUAUAAAGCACAAUUUACAAUCGCUCAACAUGCCUGACCGAAGAUUUCUGCUACUGGUUUCCCUCUGCCUCUGGGAAGGGCUUGUGAGGUCAGAGCCAGUCACAAAAGUGGUGAGAAGGAGAGGAGUCAGUCCAGUUCAUUCACAGUUGCACGGGGUGACCAAUCAGAGGGACCAACCAAGUUUGGAGAAGAACGGAUUGCCACUGGUAAGGCUAAAGGAACUGAUCAGUGCUGACAAAGUGGACGAGAAGUUUGUAGGUCACUCCAAAGCUGAAGAGACCAAUGAAGCUCUAUCGGUCUUAAACCAGGAAGAACUGCAUGACUUUAAUGCUAAAUAUCCUCAGCAGGAGAAUGAAGACUCAAAUAAAAUGGACUCAAGGGUACUAAAAGCAGUUGAUACCAGUACCAGGGAUCUGCCUGAGAGCAGAAAGAUUAAGAAUAACACUAAAAAUACUGAAACCCUGAAACAUGGAAGAGUUGAUAAGGGAAUUCCAGUUCGCCGCAAAAUAGACUCUAGUUUGCACUUCAACAGAACCAGAUACAAAUCACCGCCGAGAUUUAGAGCGAGGCCAAGCCCUGGGCUUCUUAAUAAUGCCAUAGGUCUAAAGGGAGUGAUAUUGGAUUCGCCCCAUAAAUUAAACCUGACAGGAAACUUUGGUGUUUUGAAGCUUAUUUCUAAGGACAACCUUGUGAGGAUUGUAAAUUCCCAACUCCAGAAUGGCCUGACCUUCCAGACUAAGAUUAAUCACAGUAGGAAGCGAGAUUUGAUCGAUAUGGAUCAAGUGGAGGAACCCAAAAUUAAGAGACAAGACAGUUCUGCAACUCCAGAUGUAUAUGAAACAGAUAAUCAUAACAAGACAUCAAGAUUGUCUGUUGAGCCACAGUCAAGCACCAUUACAAAUCCUAAUGUCAGCCCAGUUCAUAUUUUUAGGAGGCCAGUUAGCGAUCUAAAUCUAAACUCAAAAGAUGGAGAGAAGAAGACAGAAGCUGAGUCUAUAGCUACUACAAAGAGCAAACACUACUUAACCCAUGUGGAAUCAACACCUCAGAGUGAACUCAUGGCUGACAUAGAGGCCAUUCCUUUUACAAGUCAUACCAAUAUCUCUGUGAUUGUGCAUGAAGGAACAUCACAUACGCCAUCUCAGGCAGUCUCAGAAAAGACUUACUUCCUUGACUCACAAACUGAGAGAACUAUUAAUGACAAAGAGCAAUCAGGUCAAAACCUGUUUGCUCCAGAUACGGAAUUGAAUGUCACUCAGGAACCAAUAAGUAAAGCUUCAGAUGUUGUUGAGGACAGUCACAUUUUGAAACUGCGCCCAAAUCCAGAAGGUGAAGACAUGGACAAGGAGGAGGUUUGGGAGCCAUCGGUUACCUGGCCUCUGCAUGGAGGCCAUGGCCUCGUAUUCCAGGAGAUGGAGGAUGACGAAGGUAAAGAGGGGUGGAGUCCGAAGGAAAGCGAUGGGUCUCGAUCACGAAGCAGGCGGAGUUGGAUCUGGAACCAGUUUUUUGUUAUCGAGGAAUACGCUGGACCUGAACCUGUUCUCAUUGGAAGGCUUCACACUGACAUGGACAGAGGUGAUGGACGCACCAAGUACGUGCUCCGAGGCGAAGGGGCGGGGUCUGUGUUUGUGAUUGAUGAAAAGACGGGCAACAUCCACGUGACGAAGCCCUUGGACAGGGAGGAGAAGGACGAGUACCGGCUUAUCGCCACGGCAACAGACAGCCAGACAGAGCGCGCCCUGGAGCCCUCUUCCCAGUUCAUCAUCAGGGUGCAGGACAUCAACGACAACCCGCCUGUGUUCGAGGAUGGACCGUAUAGCGCCACCGUCUCUGAGAUGGCCAACAUAGGCACCUCCAUUGUUCAGGUGACAGCGACCGAUGCUGAUGACCCUACCUAUGGGAACAGUGCUCGUCUGGUCUACACACUAGUGCAAGGCCAGCCUCAUUUCUCUGUGGACCCACAGACAGGAAUCUUGCGCACAGCAGUCCCUGAUUUGGACAGAGAAGCUCAGGAUCAGUACCUCAUAGUACUCCAGGCUAAAGACAUGGGUGGCCAUCUUGGCGGGCUUUCUGGAACCACCACGGUUACUGUGAAACUGACAGACGUCAACGAUAAUCCGCCCCAUUUUACCCAGAGUUCUUGGUUGUUCUCUGUGUCAGAGUUGGCAGCUCCAGGGGCGGAGGUAGGCCGGAUCUCAGCAACAGAUGCUGACCUGGGAGAGAAUGCCAGACUGGAAUAUACCAUCCUGGAGGGGGAGUCGGGAGACACCUUUAGCAUAACCGGAGUAAACCAGGAGGCCAUCAUUACCCUCACUAAGGCUGUUGACUACGAGAGUCGGAGCUCAUAUUCCUUCUCUGUCGAGGUGAUGAACCCAACUGUUGACCCACGUUUCCUACGCCGUGGCCCUUUCAAGGACCGUGCAACCAUCCGAGUGGCUGUAUUGGAUGCAGAUGAGCCACCGCGUUUCUCCCGGGCCCGGUAUCACAUGGAGGUGUCUGAGAACUGUGCUCCGGCAUGCACCGUUGGAAGGGUUAAUGCAGUGGACCCAGACACAGGACUCAGCAGCAACAUCAGGUACUCCAUUGAUCCUCAGUCAGAUCCAGAGGCUUUGUUCCGGAUCACCCCAGACACUGGGCUUAUCACCACGACAACGGAGCUGGACCGCGAGCAUGAGCAGUGGCACAAUAUCACCAUCAUCGCCACACAAAGAGAUAACCCCAGCCAAGUUUCCAGAGUGCUGGUUGCCAUAGAGACACUAGACUUGAACGACAAUGCUCCGGAGCUGGACAGACAGUACACAACUGCCAUGUGUGACUCUGCCUCCGUCGGACAGGUGGUGCAGGUGUUGAGAGCAAUUGAUAGAGAUGAGGGAGGAAAUGACAGCACAGUGUACUUCAACAUUCCUCCUGAGUCCAGUGCCGCACUCAACUUCAGCAUUCGAGAGAGCGGAGGUCCCACUGCAAGUCUGGUUCUAGUCUCUCCCUUGCAGAUGCACUCACGCUCUUCAACGUCUUCUCUGACGCUCCAUGUUCCUCUGGUCCUCAGGGACGUAUCAUCAGGUUUGACUAGCACAGCGACGGUCACUGUGUCAGUGUGUCCCUGUCUGAGAGGAGGUGCACGAGCCGGUGAGAAGGAGAAGCAGAGUGAUGCGGAGUGGGAAAGGGAAACUGUAUGUUUACCCCAGCAUUCCUCCCUGCCUUCUCCGGGUCUCAGCACAGCGGCCCUGCUGGCAAUUUUGGCAUGCGGGGCAACACUUUUGGCUGUCACUGCUCUGUCUCUGUCCCUGCGCAGACAAAAAAGAGAUUCGCUUUCUCCUUUAGAGGAAGAUGACGUCAGAGAGAACAUCAUCACAUAUGACGACGAAGGAGGUGGUGAAGCCGACACAGCUGCUUUUGACAUCACGGCGCUCCAGAGCGCCCCGCAUGGUGCUCGCAGGGGAUACCGAACCCUUGACAGUCGGAACAUACGCCUCUCUCAGCGUAGCCAGGAUAAAUCACGGACAUACAAUAGCUGGGCCCAAUCAGGAGCUAUGGACGGUGGGCAGUACCCCAGCCAGACUCCUCUAUAUGGUCGCUUGUGUUACAGCAGCCAGACCCUACCAGUUCUACGGCGGUCACAGGGUCCAUAUGACCCUGGCCUGACCGAACUGGGAUACCGCUUUUCUAGUGGCCAGCCAGAUCACUCCCUUGUAAUCCAUAACCAAGGUGCAAUGGUGGGGCCACUGGAACCGGGAGCCUUGUACAUGGGGCCCAGUGAGGUGGGGAAUAGCUCUAGAGAAGGAACUGCAUCCCAGGAUGGAGCCACUGCAUCUGAAGAAGGAACACCACAGAAAAAUGAUAACAAGGAAGAUGCGGGUAGUGAUGCCCAACCAAGCCAGGAUCUGAACUGGGUGCAGUCAGAUUCUGCGCCACGGGAACUGGUGCUGACUCGAUCUGGCUCACUGGCCAGGCCCGGGGUUUCAGGUGGCUGGUUGUGUGAUUCAGCCACACUGCCCAUGGCAGGGCGACGCUCCUCACGUGCUGGGCUCUCACCAAAAAAGAGUACAGCUGGUGCUACAGAUGGCACAGAUGGCACAAACAAUGGCAUGCAAUCUGUCAGUCGCAAUUACUCCACCGUCCUGCAGGGGGAGCAACAGAAGGACUACACGGGCAGCUUGAACCGAGGAGGAUUGGAGAUGGGAAGUAGUUUUGUGGUAGCAAGGCCAGAAGGGGGGAUUCCACUGUGCGUCCCGGAUAGCACAGGGUUUGUGGCGGACUGGCAGGAAAGGGUGGGUGUGGGGGCUUACAGUCUGGGAAGGAGGGAUAUGAUGCCCCAGCUGCUGCCUUACCCUGGGCAGGGUCGAGGGGCAUUUGGAGGGAUCCUGGGAUAUGGUGGAGCUUGGCCAGCAGUACCUGAAGCAGCAGGAAGGGGCGUGCAAGGAGGUGGUGGCCAGUCUCUGGCCUUGAGAGUCGGCGAGUUCCUGCGGUUACGCCUGGCACAGGUGACCUUUGAUCCGACGCAGCCACCGUAUGACUCGGUGCAAGUGUAUGGCCUUGAAGGCACUGGGUCACGAGCUGGCUCACUUAGCUCCCUGGAAAGCGAAGGAGAGAAGGAUGCCAACAAGGAGGAGUGGGGUGGUGGGCUGGAGGAGUGGGGCCCACGUUUCCACAAACUAGCCCAACUCUUUCAAGAAAGGGAGAAAGAGAUAGAAGAUGACAAGGAGAGCGAGUCAGAGACACCCAGGAAACAAAACAAUAAGGAAAAUCAGGAGAAAGAGGAGCAGACUGGACAUGAGAGGAAGGACAAAGACUGAGAGUGGCCUUGAGUCAGGGAUGGUGUAAGGGUAUGAGAGGAUGAGUAAACAGCAACCAGAACUAGAGUAAUAGGUGAAGAAGGAGAGAGAGAGAGAGAGAGAGAGAGGAAAAGUAAUUGGGUCAGACACGCAAAACAAACAUGAGCUAAAUAGAGAGAGAGGGGAAGCUACGGCGUGAGUGAUUGAUGCAAUUUAAAGCAAUAUGUGUUAAAAGGCAGAACAGUGAGCAGAGAAGGAAAGACAGGGAAUGCUUUAUUUCUCAGUUACAGAGUAUUUACCAUUCUCUAAGUGUUGCAGGCAGGGAGUGGGGAAAAUGCCCAUAGUACCUUUUUAUUUACAGAUUGAGAGAGAGAGAGAGAGAGAGAGAGAGAGAGAGAAUUAUGGUUUUGGGGCAAUGUGCAAGACAAUACCAUCACAAGGGAGUCUGGAAAAAAGUGGGCUAUCAUACCACGACUGAUAAAUACUAAGAAUACAUAAAGGUGAGAGAUAAAGGUUUGUACAGGAAGUGCUGGAGAGAAUUUGUCUGCUCGUGGUGUUGGCGAAAUGUUUAUCAUGAAAAUCAGCCUGCACACAGCAUAGACAUUUUUUUCAAAAAAAAAAAAAAAACCUAAAAAACAAGUGAAUCAUCCUACUUUCUUUUGAUGCCUUUUCAAUGCAAAACAUCUUGACUUGGAUUUAAGAUGGACCCACAACAUGCACAGGUCGAAGAAGUGAAAGAAUUUUACGUGUGCAACACUUGGAUAUCCAGCUGCCAUGUUAAAAAAAAUCUAAAGAACUACUGACAUGCGUUUAAAUGGGGCUACAGGUGUAAUGUGAUCUAGUGUCAGUGUUCUUUUGUUGGAUCCAUUCAUUCAAUAUCGAAAUUUUAUGCUUCAUUUUUUUUUUGUUUUCUACUUUUUCAGUGAGUACUAGAACUUUUUAGGACAAUAAUGAUUUAUUGAUUAUUUUAACUCAAUUAUUGUAUUCACCAAUUCUGGAACAAUUACAGAAUAUUCCGAUGUCAAGAAUUUAAUUAGCUUGAGAAAUCAGGAGCAGGAUGCAAAGUCUCAGCUGGAAUGCACUUUUAUAUGUGAAGCUCAAUACUAGAUAUGACGAUACCGUUGUUGUUUUUCCAUAAAAAAAAAUCAGUAUAAAUAUUACGACAUUGUAUGUAAAUGUAAAUAUUGAAAACCGUUGUGAAAAGUGAUUACUGAGUACUGAGUGCGUACCGUAGUAUUCAAAAAUAACAACAUGAAAAGUAAUUUAAAAGAGAGCUAAAGGAGAUGAAAGAUCAAAAUGUCAUGUUGGAUUACAGCAUGGAGAGAUGAAAUCACCUGCAGAGGAAUAAACUGAACCGAGUGGACUUGUCUGGAUUAUUUGGGAUUAACUCUACUGUAGGGCAUCAAGUCUAACUGGAAUCCAGAACUGAUCCACCUGACUCUGCUGACGUCAAAAAUAGUUUGCCCCACAACCCAGGAGAGGAUGUUUUGAAUGCUCCCAAAUGUACAGAAUUCCAACAAAUCAUCUGAAGAUGGACACAUGGAUGUAGACAUUUUUUCCAUUCUCUCUACAAGGGUAAACACACGCACACACCUACAUACACACCUACAAAGGGUUGCAUUCUAACAGGAUACAAACAACAGUGUUACAAAGUCUGAAUAUUUUAAAGACCCCAAUGUUUACAUUUUAAUCAUUUAAAAAUCAGCCAAAAAUAAAAUGAUGUAUUUUGAGUAUGUUACUUUAGUUAUAUCAAGCCUAGAUAACUGCAAGGAACUGUGAGAAUUACCUAAACACCUUAUUGUGUGCAUGUUGAAACUUUCCUACAAGGUCUGCAAUAAGUCUCAUUGUCAUACAGCCAUUGUAGACAGCAAGGUAGAUUAGUAGGUAGCAGGUAGGUGUAUAUUCCCUAACAAGAUAAAGAAGUUAAUGAAUGAAUGAAUGAAAAUAGGCAACAUUCCCUAAAACCUUCUUUGGCAGGUUGUAACCCUGGUGCUGACAUCCAGGUAGCAGCAAUGUCUUGCCUUGAACGAGGAGACACUCAUCUUAAAGUGGCUUGUCAUGGGAUGGGAUGGACAUCCAGACAGCCUGUAGGCCAAGGUGAUGACAUUCCACACCCAGCACGCCAGAAUCUAAAUCUAAAUAUUUAGAAUCUAAAUAGACACAUUAGGCCUUUUUUCUUUUAUUAAACUUUGGUCAGAGGGCAGGAUGGAUCCUUUGGCCUAAAUAUGACUAUAGAGUGUGUACACACAAGAAGUAAUGUUUUAUAGGCACAAUGUCAUGGAAAGCUGAAAGGUCAAUUGACUGAUUUAAGAAACCCUGGAUUCAGCAACAAGGUGACCCCAUCAAGUCAUCAGGCCAACCACAUAUGCCAGGCAAACUAUUUGCCAGUGAAUGCAGUUCUCUCGUGAUUUUUGUUGAAGUAAUUGCUAGCAAAAUGUAUUUGUCAGAGACACUCAUUUCAGAACAGUGUCUUGCAUAGGUUAAUAUGGUGGGGCCUUAAGGGACUUCAGUACAAGGGGGAGAACCCAAACUAGGCUCUUAUUGAAAUGUGUAUGCAGGUACUACAAGCCUUUCAGAAUGGCCCAGAGAUGAUAUUCAAGCCAAGAAAGCAGCCGCAUAUACAUACAGGGUCGUUCUUCCAUUCAGGAUUAUUCCUGGACUGCUAGUUCGACUAGUUUUGUUUAAAGAUUUUCACUGUAUAAGGCUUUCUCUACAAGUUGGAUGGGUACCAAUUCUCAGGCAAUUUGCAGAAUUGCACCAGUACAGCAGGUUAGAUUGUGUUAAAUACACUUGACAUUAAUUCUAAAGACUAAAUUCUGGCAUUGGUUGUCCAGUCAUGAGGAGCAAGGUGUUGACUAGCUUUCCCAUGGAGUUCCAAUCUACAGAAUUUCUGUAUAGUGAAUGUUUCAGUGCUGGCAGUAAAAUAGAUAAUGUAUUGCCAGUGUAUGCCACAUGGCAUACAAUAUCAUAAGUUCCCUCUAGGCCAUCAUUCAUUUAGUGCAUGUGGUGAGACCACAGGCAUGUGGCUCAGCUGGACCUGCUAAAAGCUGUGCCAUGGACCUUUCUGUCUAAAUCCUCCUUUAAAAACUUAUCCUGUUAAAAACCGAAUUCCUUUACAACCAGUACUCUUGAAAAUGGUGCACUGGUGCUGUGGGUUGUGCACCACUAUCUGAUCCAAUUUGAGCCCCUGACACUUUGAGAGUGUCUGUCACAGCUAGUUUAGAGCAUGCCAGCAGCAACUGCUAGAGAGCCCAUUUUGGAUGUUGCUGAGACUGAGAGCAAUUUAUUGAGAGCAAUAAAUAAUGCAAAAGGAAUCCACCGAUUUGUUGGUUUGCUAGACAGUGGGAGCUGGAACUAGGCAUACUUAACAAUGUGCAGUAAGAUAAAGGCUACCCACUCAACCACACUAACCUCAUGUAGUCACAUUCCUGCUGGCUGGUUAGAUGACAGGGGGGUCAUGAAAUAUUCUGGGAUAGGAGGGAAGAAAAGAAGAAUGAGACCUAGUGGAAAGACAAAACAGCAAACUUAUAGAGGUAUCUAGUGAACAGCAGAGUAAGCGAUGCUAUGGAGCCUAGCAAUACUAAUGAAGGAAAGCCAAUUCAACGCUAGAUGCCUCUGAGUAGUUCUGUUUUAUUCCAGCUUUAUAGAAUACCUGUAACUCAGAAAGUAGCUACAAGUUGCUAAGCAGUUAGCUCCACCAAGUAUACAUGCAUACUUGUGAUACAACAUGUUUAUUGGGCUAUUUUUUGCAAACACUGCAUUUUUUUUGCUUUUUAAUUUAACAGUUUAAUUUAACAAUAAUACAGCUCAAAACAGCAGUUGUAUUGUAUUUUAAUUGAAACAAAACUUACCACACCAGUGGUUUGGGUGUCAGAUUAAUGGUACUUAUAAUAUUCCAAUAAAAAAAAAACCCCACAGUCUAGCGCCUCUGCAGAACAGUGUCCAUAGUAAAAUUGUAGAAUGACAUUAGCACACACUGUGUCUUUUCAGGAAGUAUUCAAAAUGUAUUCGGAACAAGUUGCUUUUUUAUAUGUAUUGUGCUGAAAUACAAUACUGAAUACAUUUCGGAAGCUGUAUUCGGUAUUCACCCUUCAUGCUUUUUCAGAGAGUAUUCUGACCAGCCCUGCGUGCACACACACACACACACACACACACAAAUGCACACACACCUUCUCAAUGUCCUGCGUGAUCUGAUCAUUAAGUGGGACGUAUUUUCUCAGAGCCACUGUGACUGGGCCAGACCAGAACUAGAUCCACUGUAUUAGUGUACAAUCAUGAUAACGGGUAGAUGAGGAGGCCGAGCCACUACACCCCUUACAUUUUUAUUUACAGACACAUUUCAUCAGUUAAUAUUAAAGCUUCUACGAGCACUUAGUACGAGCACUAGUUCUGCUCAUGCAGUGCACUUAUACACUAAACAGGAUUUCAUUCAUUAGCAAUACAUUUGUAAGAAAAUAUACAUUUUGAUUAGCAUUGUGGUUGAGAAUCUUUUGGGGUUAUUUGCUUUAGGGCUUGCCACAUCUUCAGCCACAAUGGCUCUGCCUCCUUUUUUUCACCAUUAUUAAUCCUGCUCUAUGCAGAAUAAUAUUGAAAUCUCAUGAUGCCAUAUGAAAAAAAAAGUCUAUUUAUUAUAUUAUUCUGUUGUAUUUUCUCUUUUAUUUUUUGUAAAUUUGAAUAAAAGACAUAUGUUUUGAGGUUUUGUGUGUGCUUAAAUAAAUAAUU